GCUGAGAAAUCCCGCGGCGGCUUUCCCCCUUCCAGGGCGCUUCCGCUAUUUCUGGGCAGGGUGAAGCAACGCCGCCGCAGUCUCUCCCCGCCCGGGGAGGUGAAGGCUUCGGCUCUGUCCCCUGUCGCCGUCCCUGUCCCUGUCCCUGUCCCCGUCCCGCUCGGCUGGCAGCUGUGGGGAGCCCCCCGCCACCAUGGCUGGCCGCCUGCUGCUCCUCCUGCUCUGCGCGGCGCUGGCGGACGAGCUCCGUGCUGAAGGAGGAGUAUUCAUCAAGAAAGAAAGUGCUGACAAGUUCUUGGAAAGAACAAGACGUGCUAACUCUUUUUUGGAGGAAAUGAAGCAAGGCAAUAUUGAAAGAGAAUGCAAUGAGGAGCGCUGCUCUAAAGAAGAGGCAAGAGAAGCCUUUGAAGACCAGGAGAAAACUGAGGAAUUCUGGAACGUCUAUGUAGAUGGCAACCAGUGUAGCUCAAAUCCUUGUCACUAUGGUGGACAUUGUAAAGAUGGAAUUGGUUCCUACACUUGCUCCUGUUUGGAUGGUUAUCAAGGCAAGAACUGUGAAUUUGUCAUACCAAAGUACUGCAAAAUAAACAACGGUGACUGUGAGCAGUUCUGCAGCAUCAAAAAAAGUGUGCAGAAGGAUGUUAUGUGUUCCUGUGCGAAAGGAUAUGUUCUAGCAGAAGAUGGCAAACACUGUGUUUCAUCAGUAAAAUAUCCUUGUGGAAAAGUUUUUGUGAAAAGAAAAAAAAGGUCUGUUAUUUUACCCACUGAGAGUAGCAAUGUAACUAGUGAUCAAGAUGGCCCCUUCCCAAAUGGAACAAGUCUGGAGGAGGACAUUGUUACUACCACAGAAAGCCCAACCCUCCCUCCUCGCAAUGGAUCGAGUAUCAAGACUCCAUAUGUCGAUACCAGGAUAGUAGGUGGUGACGAGUGUCAUCUUGGUGAAUGUCCAUGGCAGGCUGUUCUGAUCAAUGAGAACGGGGAAGAGUUUUGUGGCGGAACCAUUUUGAAUGAAAAUUUCAUCCUUACUGCAGCUCAUUGCAUGAACCAAUCCAAAGAGAUCAAAGUUGUUGUUGGUGAAGUGGAUAGAGAAAAGGAAGAACAGUCUGAAACAAUGCAUACUGUGGAAAGAAUACUUGUUCACUCUAAAUACAUCGCCGAGACUUACGAUAAUGACAUAGCCCUAAUAAAGCUGAAGGAACCUAUAGUACUUUCUAAGUACAUUAUCCCAGCGUGCCUCCCAGAAGCAGACUUUGCUAAUGAAGUUCUGAUGAACCAAAGGUCUGGGAUGGUUAGUGGCUUCGGGCGUGAAUUUGAAGGUGGAAGACUUUCCAAAAAACUUAAAGUGCUUGAAGUCCCCUAUGUUGAUAGGAACACUUGCAAGCAAUCCACUAACUUUGCGAUAACAGAGAACAUGUUCUGUGCUGGUUAUGAUACAGAGCAAAAAGAUGCUUGUCAAGGAGACAGUGGAGGCCCCCAUGUAACCAGAUACAAGGAUACUUACUUUGUUACUGGAAUUGUUAGCUGGGGAGAAGGAUGUGCAAAGAAGGGCAAAUACGGUGUCUAUACCAAACUGUCCAGGUUCUUACGCUGGGUAAGAACAGUCAUGAGACAAAAUUUGUAAUGGUGCGGUUCUCAAUCCUUCUGUUAGUGAACAAGGUGCAGGUUCUCUAAUGGAAACUUUAUUCUUUUUUUUUUUUUUUCCCACAUCUAAAUGAGCUGUCUGUUUGCUCAAGCGAUUCCACCAGAGGCUCCUGGAAAUAAUGUGAACCCCCACCAAUCAUGAUGAAAGUGGGAAGACCAGGACUUUAGUCCUCUAGUGACUUGUACUGCAGCCAGCUGGCUCAGUAGGGAGUUUGUUCCUACUGGAGCUUUUUAGCUUCUACCUGUGGAUGUUUUUAGAAGAUGAAGGGAGCAUGGAAGCUUCCUUCCAGGCAAAAGCUGAGACACAAGUAAGUAUUCAUUAUGUGUUGCUAAAUAACCACAUUCUACAAAACUGCCUGCUUAGGUCACAGCAGCUAAAUAAAAUGUGUUUUUGCUUUUUAUGGAUUGUACUUCACUCUAGUUUAAUUUGAACACUUGUUUUCUGCUCCUUCAGAAGAAAAAAAAAAAAAAAAGAAAAAAAGUGCAUGUUCACUGUUUCCUGUAUCAUGAUCUGGAUUGUGUAUGGCUGGGGAUCAGAGAGGUCCUUGUGUGUGCAGUUUUUCUAGGUGCUACUGUAAGGUGCAUUACUGAUGUAUAUCAGCAUCCGAAAUAAAACAUUUUUUCUUUUU